CCAGUGGCUAGGGUAGGAGGAUAGCAUUUCAGAGGCGACAGCGAAAAAGGAACUGAAUGUUGUUGUAAACAUAACAUUAACCAGUUAGCUGUAUCAUAAAGACAUUUAGUGUAAAUAAAACAGUACAUUUAUUUGUGUUACCUUUGUAUAUUUAGUUUACGAUGUCUACUCCGGCAAGAAGACGACUGAUGAGAGAUUUUAAGCGGCUACAAGAAGACCCUCCGGCUGGCGUCAGUGGUGCCCCUUCCGAAAACAACAUCAUGGUGUGGAAUGCAGUCAUAUUCGGCCCAGAAGGGACACCUUUUGAGGAUGGCACAUUUAAGCUUACUGUUGAGUUCACAGAAGAAUACCCCAACAAACCCCCCACAGUGCGAUUUGUGUCAAAGAUGUUUCAUCCAAAUGUGUAUGCAGAUGGGAGUAUAUGUCUGGACAUUCUACAGAAUCGAUGGAGUCCAACCUAUGAUGUAUCAUCCAUUCUUACCUCUAUCCAGUCCCUGCUAGACGAACCAAACCCCAACAGUCCAGCCAACAGUCAGGCGGCCCAGCUUUACCAGGAAAACAAGAGGGAGUAUGAGAAGCGUGUCUCGGCCAUUGUAGAACAGAGCUGGAGGGACAGUUGACCACACCCUCUCCCUUCUGUCCUCCUCUGUCCCCAGCACUGAGCUGUGUGAUUCGAGUUCUAGUGGAGUACAUCCUAAUUUAGUUUUUUGUUUUUCUUCCUCCUUUUUAAUUUGAAGCUUUUAUGCACUUUACCUCGCCCUUCCCUUGUAGAACCUUUUUUUUUUUUCCCAUUUUGGCCUAUCAGGGGACGUAUGUGCUGAAUCUUGCCUUUGCCGCCACGCUCUUCAAUUGAGGACCAUUUUUGGACGUCAAUUACCUUGCCUCAUUCCCUCACUGAAACAAAUGAGUUGGACUGAUUUGUUUAAUGUUUGGAAGAAAUAUAAAUUAUCAUAACCUAGCUUGUAGGUUCUUUGUUUGGUGUGCUCCCCUUACUUUAUCAUAAGCUAAUUUUACAACGCAGCAUCUGAGCUAUCAAGCUCAUUACCUUUCUUUGGACAAUUGCUGCCCGUGUUCAUCCUAAACACCUUGAUUGAGAACCAGACCCACAUGCUUAACCCAUGUCUUUGCUGUGAGCUCUGUUACAUGCAUGACAGUGAAUUCAUGUUGUUCUGUUCAGUACCCUCAGUGUGUGUAUAUAGGAAAACAUCUGGAUUUAUGUACAGAUUUUGCACUGGUUGUCCAUGACAUUUUUUCCCCUAGCACUUGUAAAUAAAAAAAGGCAAAACUACCUUUACUAUGA